ACUGCUGCAUAAACAUAAAAAUAGAAGAAUGCCUCCUAAAAGAAUUUUAACACAGGAAGAUGCAGAAAAUGUUAAACGCAGAAGAAAAGAAACUCAACGUAUACGACGGACACAUAUGACUGAACAACAAAGGGUAAUUCUACGCAAAAAGGAUUCUUCAAAAAAACGCAUUUGUAGGGCCAAUAUGACUGCUCAGGAAAAAUGUGUCCAACUGGACAUGCAAAGAUCACGUUCUGCUGCACGUAGAAAAAAAAAAAAAAAAAGUUCUAACAUCACUAUCACUAAUCAAUAUAACAAAAGUUAUAACCAUUCACUAUUUAAUGAAGACAAUGUUCCGAUGCACACAUGUGGUCAACUUAAUGUUUAUUGCACAUUUUGCAUGGCAAAGCAUUUUCCAGAGGAACAACCAAGCGAUAAGCUUUUUAAUAAAUGCUGCAAUAAAGGAAAAAUAACAUUACCUCAUAUACAAAUUUCACCACUGAUCCAACAACUAAUGACUGGACAACACACACAUUCAAAUAAUUUUAUGCAAAAUAUCCGUUCUAUAAAUAGUGCAUUGGCGUUUGCAUCAAUGGGAGCAAACAUUGCACCACCUCCAGGAUAUGGCCCAUACUGUUUUAGAAUAAAUGGCCAAAUUUAUCACCGAUCUGGUGCUUUGCAUCCAGAAAAUGAUGAUCAACGCAAAUUUGCACAACUCUACAUUUUGAGUCCUGAGGAAGCUGCGGACCAACGAGCAGCACUAAAAGAAAAUUCAGGAUGUCACAUUGAACUUUUGAGGGAGUUAAGUUCAUAUAUGUGUCAGUAUAACCCUUUUGCAAAAGCAUGUAAAAUGCUCUAUGAGGUAGAGCAAGAAUGCAUCCAUGAAGCAUCUUUAAAUGGAGUUCAAAAUUCUAAAGUUUCAAUGGUAAUUCUGCAGGACAGAACAUCAGAUUACCGAAGAUAUAACGUACAAAGAGUUAAUGAGGUUGCUGUUAUUUUCCAAAAUUCUGAUGGUGAACCUCCUCUUGAACGUGACCUUCUUAUUCAUUGCCGAUCUACAGAUCAAACAAAAAAAACUGAAAGAAUAAGUGUUUUAGAUCCUAAUCUUGAACCAUUGCUGUAUCCUUUGUUGUUUCCAUAUGGGGACCAAAGUUGGGGUUCCAAUAUUGCUCUUAACUACAGGCCAACAUCAAUUAGUGAUGUACAAAGAAGAGUAACCACCAAUCCAAGGAUAAGAGUUAGCCAAAUGAAAUACUACUCUUAUAGAAUUUCAAUUAGGGAUCAAUUCAAUCCUUUCCUUAGUGCUGGCAAGUUGACGCAGCAGUACUUUGUUGAUGCUUAUGUCAAGACUGAGGCCAACAGACUCAACUAUAUCCGUCAAAAUCAAUCUAAUCUUCGCAUUGAAAAAUAUACAGGAUUAAUGGAUUACAUUCAAAGUGAGGCUGCUGCACAGGGCCUGAUGCCUGGUAAAGCAGUUAUUUUGCCAUCAUCUUUUCAGGGAAGUCCACGAAAUAUGGCCCAAAACUACCAUGAUGCUAUGGCCAUUGUUAGAAAAUAUGGAAAACCGGAUUACUUCAUCACCAUGACCUGCAACCCUAAAUGGCCUGAGAUACUUGAUAACCUAUUAGAAGGUCAAGCAGUGGAGUUCAGACCAGAUUUGGUAGCAAGAGUUUUCAAUCUCAAAUUAAAUUCUCUUUUGAAUGAUAUCUUGAACAAACAUGUUCUUGGAAGUCCUUGCGCAAAAGUGCAUGUAAUAGAGUUUCAAAAAAGAGGAUUACCACAUGCUCAUAUCCUUUUAAUAUUGAAAGCCGAAGACAAGCCAAAUGAUGCUGAAACCAUUGACACUUUUAUAUCAGCUGAAAUUCCUGAUGAACAGAUUUAUCCAAGACUACAUGCUAUUGUAAUAAAGCAUAUGAUACAUGGUCCAUGUGGAGAACAUAAUUUAAAUUCUCCAUGCAUGGUUGAUGGUAAUUGCAGCAAGAAUUUUCCAAAAAAUUUUCAAAAAGAAACUUUAAUUAAUGUUGAUGGAUAUCCGCGAUAUCGUAGACAAAAAAAUGACACCACUGUAAUUGUCAAAGGGAAAAAAAUUGACAACUCAUGGGUAGUUCCAUAUAGCCCAUACUUCUGCUUGAAAUACAACUGCCAUAUAAAUGUAGAGAGUUGUGUUUCUGUUAAAAGUGUUAAAUAUCUCUUCAAAUAUGUAUAUAAAGGUUACGAUUGUGCAAAUAUUUCAAUUAACGAACAAAAUACACUACAGCAUGAUGAAAUUCAAAAUUUUUUGGACACAAGAUAUGUCAGUGCUCCUGAAGCUGUUUGGAGGUUGUAUGGUUUUUUGAUGCACCAUCAAACACAUACAAUAAUAAGACUUCAAGUUCAUCUUCCAGGCGAACAAGAUGUAUAUUUCCAUAAUGAAAACAUACAAUUAGCUGCAGAAAAGGCACAAGACAGGGAUACCACUUUGACAGCAUACUUUAAGUUGAAUGUGGAUAAUAAUGCGGCACGUGAACUUUUUUACUCUGACAUUCCUCAACAUUUUGUAUUUGAUGUAAAAAACCGUAAGUGGAAUCCAAGACAAAGAGGAGCAGAUACAACAAUUGGCAGAUUGUAUAAUGUAAAUAUUUCAUCAGAUUUGGAGAGAUUUUGUUUGAGGUUAUUGCUCUUGCACUUAAAAGGAGCAAUAUCCUUUAAGGACUUACGAACUGUUAAUGGACAAGUUUGUCACACAUUCAAAGAAGCUGCCCAAAAGCUUUCACUUUUAGAUGACGACGCUACAUGGGAUCUUACACUUAACGAAUCAGCAUCUCAACAAAUGCCUAAACAAAUGAGGGAACUGUUUGCUUAUUUGUGUAUAUUUGUUGUCCCACCUAAUGUCCCACAACUCUUUGAAAAAUACAAACAUGAUCUUUAUGAAGAUUAUUCACGUCAUGAAGACCACAUUGAUGAUUGCAAAAUUUGCAAAAAUUUGGCAUUAACAGAUAUUCAAAAUGUUCUCAUAUUGCAUAGUAAACGUUGUGAAGAUUUUGGACUACCCAAUCCAUCAAACUUCAUUCCAGAAAUGCAAUUCAACUAUGUUACACACUUGGAAGCACAAGUUGGAGCACAACUUCAAGAAGCAUUAAACAUCGAGCAAAAAGCUGCAUUUGACAAUGUAAUGUCUGCAAUUGAUAAUGAAAAUUUACCACACAGAUGUUUUUUUAUUGAUGGACCUGGUGGAAGUGGCAAGACUUAUUUAUAUAAAACAUUAUUGAGUACUUUACGUGGACGCACAGAUGGAGUUCUUCCUGUUGCCUCUACAGGAAUAGCAGCUAAUCUACUUGAUGGUGGCAGAACUUACCAUUCACAGUUUAAGCUUCCAAUUCCAUUACUGGAAACAUCAACAUCAAAUAUGAGAAUGACUUCAAAAGAUGCAGAGUUCAUACGUAAUGCUAAAUUGCUUAUUUGGGAUGAGGCCUCAAUGACACCCGGUAUAGCUCUAAAAUGUGUCAAUAACCUUCUUCAGGAAAUUAUGCAGAACAAUAAGCCAUUUGGUGGAAAAGUUAUACUCCUUGGUGGAGACUUCAGACAAACACUCCCAGUUCUUCCUCAUUGCAAUAGAACUGCUAUUGUGGAAGCUACUAUAAAGUUCUAUGAUCACUGGGAUAAAUUUAAAAUUUUACAAUUGAAGAAUAAUGUGCGUUCAGUGGAUCCAGAAUUUAGCAAUUGGCUACUAAAAUUAGGACAGGGUUCAUUAAAUAAUUCAGAGGGCCUUCCUGAGGAUUUAGUUGAGAUCCCUUCCAAAUUAAUAUGCAAUGAUUGUAUCAUAUCUGAAAUUUUUGGAAAAAAAAUUCUUCCAUCUGAUCUUCACAGUUUUUCAAAAAAGGCCAUUUUGUGUACGAAAAAUUGUCAUGUUGAUCAAAUUAAUGAGCAUGUAUUAAAUAUACUCGAUGGUGAGGAAAAAAUAUAUCUGAGUUCAGAUUCAAUUGAUGAUCAGACAGAUGAAGAUGCACAAAACUAUCCCAUAGAGUUUCUAAACGAAUUAGCUCCAUCAGGAAUGCCUCUUCAUAAGUUAAAAAUAAAAUUGGGAAGUAUUAUUAUGUUGCUCAGAAAUCUGAACACAAAAAAAGGUCUGUGCAAUGGAACAAGAUUGAUAGUUAAAGAUCUUAAGCCAAAUCUAUUAAUUGCAGAAGUACUCACAGGAACAGCAAAAAAACAAAUAGUGUUUAUUCCGAGAAUAGAUUUAGCCCCUGCCAACACUGAACUACCAUUCAUUUUACGAAGGAGACAGUUUCCAAUCAAACUUGCAUUUGCAAUGACCAUCAACAAAUCACAAGGUCAAACGUUAGACAAAGUAGGAAUAUUUCUUCCAGAACCAGUAUUCAGUCAUGGACAACUUUAUGUUGCAAUGUCUCGAGUUCGUACAUCAUCUGAUGUCAAAAUUAAGAUACUUCAAAGUUCAAAGCAAGGAAAGAUAUUACCAAACAGUGAUAAAAUGUAUACAAAAAACAUUGUUUAUAAA